GCAACCGAAGGUGUGCUGGAAAGCUCCACCCCGGAAUGUGCCUUUUGGAGAUUCCUCCUCCUCUGCCUCGUCCUCCUCCUCCUCCUCACUCCCAGAGUGCUGGGAGGAGCCUCAGAGCUUUGAUGCCCUUUAAUUGGGAAAAAGGCUGUCUCAAUGCUCCAGAAGGCGAGAGCGGAUCAGGAAAAGGCCUGCAAGGAAGCUGGAACUCCUACCAGGUAAGUGUGUUCAUUUGUUUUCCCUCACCAUUGUGGGCUGAACUGCAACAAGAAUGCCUUUUGCAAAAGGUUUUAAAGGUGUUCACUGUAAGGUGGGGACCACAACCUGGUGGGAAGAUGUCGCUGCUAGGCAGACAAUACUAGGUGGACCUAUGCCUCCUGACAUGCCUCCCUGUGUUCCUGUGGGGCAUGUGCCACAAAAGUCAGGCUUACUAUUAGUCAAGGUAAAUCAGGGCUUCAGUGGUCGAGAUCAGAUUUGUAACAUUUGAAAAGGCAGCCACUGACACUACCCUGAUAGCCUUCCCCUCACCGAAGAACCACAGAAGCCCCCGUAUCUCGGGAGAGGAAUACAGGAGUUCGCAAACCAAAAGAUGCGACUCCGAGGCAAACUCAAGCCCAGGCACCCCGUGUGCUUGAAAUUAAGCACCUCCUGUAAAAGCGAAGAGUCUCAGGUUGCAUCUGGAAUUUCGUAACAAAAUAUGCAGGCUUAAUAGUUUCAUAUAUAUAAUAGGCGGGGUGAGAGAAUGUUGUUGUUGUUUUUCUCAUCUGUGGUGUCUAUGAAGAUCUCGGGGUCUUGUGAAUGUUAUGCUCACCUUGUGGGGAAGUGUUAAUUCAUCUUUUUAAUUCAUGUGCAGCAGAUCCCCGUGAAAUUCUUAAGUGAUAACACUCGGAAUCUUAUGGUCCCCGGUAUUUUUUCAAAUGAUCUUUGAGAGCUGGGAGGAGGAGCCAGUGCUUUGCUAAUGUAUCAUUUUAACAUUACAGGAAAUGUCAAGAGUUGAUUUUACAGCUUUUUUUUAAAAAAAAGAAGACUAAUCAGGGAAAAUAAAAUGCUGCAGAGACAGAAUUCAUUGAGAGCAGAAAUGUUGAUCACAAUAGUUUGAAGAUCAAGUGAUCACUAUCUAUGCUUCCGUAUGGAAGGUAUAUUUAAAAAACAAAGUUUGUGCAGAGCAUAUGGGCUGGAUCCAGAAUAGGAUAGUUUGACUUAGGUUCUAUUGAAAUCAACGUGACAAAGUUCAUCAUGGCUUAACCAGGCACAGCAAUCUGGGGGAGUGCUGUAGCUCAGUGGCACAGCAUCUGUUGCAUGCAGAAAAUUCUCCAAGAUUUCAGGAAGAGUCCAAAUCCCUUCAAAUCUGUGUGUAAAUAUACCUGUAAUGAGCUUCCCCCACCCCACUAGCUAACCUUAACUGCAAGUUUCAUCCUAUUUUCAAGCAAGUAACACCUCACUGGUAAGAGAGAGAAGGAUAAUCACUGGGGGGGGGGAGCUUCUAGCAUCAAGGAAGACAAAAUUGAGGUUCUUGGGCAUGCUGAAGAGCAUCAUUUCAUGCAGGGGAGCAUGGGAUUUGCAGGUUCCUAUGUCCUUUGAACUGGACUGUGGGAUCAGGGAAAUUUAGAAAGUCCAUACUCCCCAGCCUUUCCUGUCUCAGACACCCCUUUCCAAUAAGUUUUUGUUACUUGGAAUGGGUAUGGGAUGAAGUGCCAAAUCAGUUGUUUUUCAGUGUUUUCUACAAAUACUGCAAGUAUUUUGAAAGAAAAUGAAACAAAACAAAACAAAAAAGCAAGCCAAGAGAAGUUGCAGGGGGGGGAGGCAAACUGACAAUGAAAGAAAGGAAGGGAAGGGAUUCACUGCUGCUGCUACUACAAAAUUUCUUUACAAGGAUUGUAAAAAAAAAAAAAAAAAAACCCAUGAAGCAGAUACAAAGAAGAGAUGCAUGAUAGUUACACGGAAACUCUAUUCCAACAUAAUCAGGUGGAGAUGGGGGAGAAAUUAAUUCAGCUCCCUUGUCACCGUGAACCUACCUAAUCUGCACUUCCUGAACCAAUAAGCAAAGGGAAAUGCAGCUGUCUCCUGAAAUUUGCACUUCUCUGAAUUUUACAGUAUAGUUUAACAGCCAAAAACAUCAUGCACAAGGUACACACAAAAUUCCAUAUGUUAGUGAAAACAGCUUACAAACAUGCAUUAUAUUUGGGGGAAUGGUUUGCAAAAAUGUAGACAUUAGAGAAAAUUGCGUACAAAAAUGAGGACAUUUAGAGAAAUGUGGAUGAAAUUAUACAGGGAUUUCUCUCUCUCUCGCACACACACACACACACACACACACUGCUGCAGAAAUUAGCUAUACUACAACUAUAAAAAUGAGGAACUAGGAAAAACCAAAAUGGACAGAUUUGCCCAUCCUAGCAUAAGGGCAGAUUAACAGCAUCACGCCCUAAGCAUCCAGGGGCCUAAUCUUGGCUGUGGUUAAAAACAAAAUUAUAAAAAUGGAAAGUUUGUCUGAUCUAGCAUGGCAACUCUUGUGCUGUGCUUUUAGUGCUAGGUCUGUGAUGAAUUAGUAAACCUUGGCCAAUCGUACAGAUUAAAGAUGAAUCAUCUUUGUGUCAGUGUUCCUGCAAAGACAUUUUUUUGUUCCAGUUUCUCAGUCUCCAUUUGGCUUUCUAGAAGAGAUGCUUGAGAAAGGGGAGCAUCAGACAGCAUGUUAAUGCUCUUAUAAACUUUAAUCAGCCUCCCUCCCCACUCCUCCACCUUGAAUCCACUCCAAAGGCACCUGGACCCAUUCCCUCUAGGCUGCUCUAAAUGCCUUACUUUCUUCAGUACAGGCUUUCAGUUCACGUGCAGCUCCUUCGGGGAAGAUCCUUCUCUCCAGAAAUUCAGCACUAGCCAUAGGAAGCAAUUAAGGCUGCCUGUGUGUCUUCUCUUCCCCAGUGCCUAGGCAUGUGUACAUUAAAAACCUAUGGGUUCCUUUGUAAGAAUCCGGCACUGUCAUGCUGCAACGAAGGGGAAAGAUGCAGGCAGUAUUGGCUCCAGGUUUGGGGGGCCUUGGGGCAACAUGCUCAGAACUCAAAAAUGAAGUAGAAGUGAAGAGGAGGGGCUUCUACUUAAUUUUUAGGUUCUGCUGUCCAUUUGCAUGCCCUGCUCCUCUGACUCUGUCCACACCACCACCCAGGUGCACCAUGGUUGCAGCUCCAUCUUCUCCUAUUGUCUGUUGUUGCUCAGGUGUUUCUAGAGAGCAAGUGAUCAGGCAGUGGCAGCAGCAAGGAGAUGAAGCACAGAGCUUGGGGGUUGUCACUGGGGCACCUGUUUUGAAAUGGACUUUGCCCAGUGAUGUCAGCUUUCAGUCCUGAACUGCAUCACUUCGGACUGUAGGUGAGACCUCAUAUGAUGGGCACUCCUCCUCUGUUUUAACACAUACAUGCAAAACUAGCACUUGAUGGGAAAGACUCAGACAGAACCCUUCCCCGGGAUACUUCCAGCAAUUUUUGGCAAAAACUGUUAGGGUCCACCUCAAAUUUACAAAAAAUCAAUAGAGUCUACCCCCUGGGUCCAGCUUCAGAUUACCUCCUGGUUCCACCACUGUGGAAAAAGAUUCUGCCUACAGACCCAAGAGUGGUCAGCUAGGGGUGGGGAAAUCUGUCAGUUGUGGUUUCUCAUUUUUCCAAACUAAAGUCCAGUUCUUCACAUUCCCACACUAGUUUUUAAAUUUUAUUUUAGAAAGUCCUCAUGAAAAUUUGUCAGGAUCUUAAUAUGACUUUCUCCUAAUAUACAUGUUUUUAUAUGCAAUUCCCCCUAAAAUGCAAAGCAAUUUUCCCUACUAUAGUGCAUUUUUGUAUGUUACGCUCAUUCAUAUAUGUAUUUUAUGUACACUUUACCCCAGUAUAUGCAUGUUUUGUACACAUGGCUUGGCUGGAGAACUGCUUCCAAAAAUAUGAAGAAAUGUGAAUUUGGGGAGAUGGUUGUGUUUAGCUUCUCAUAUAAUUUCAGAAAGUGUGAUUUAAUUAGGUAUACCUUUAAAUGCAAAUAGAACCAAAUUUCUCCUCGAUCCCUAUGUUCAACCCUAAGUUCAUGUGUUAGUAGUGUGGCCAUAUCUUCUCUACAAAGCUGUCUAAUCAAAGUCUGGUUUACAGAUGAAGAAACUCAAAGGACCUUGAAUUUGCCCAUCUACAAUAUUUGUUCAGCAGCCACAUAAGUUUCCUAGUCCCAAGUCUUCCACAUUAUGGUGCAAUGUAUUGUAUUCCUGAUUAAUUAUUUGCAUAUGCUAACUCUAUGUAAACUGGUGCUUUCCCAUCUGAUGUUGUGUUUCCUCUUUUUUGGCAUUGCGUAAGUUGCCAUCAUAGAGAUGGCAGGUCUCCAUCGUUUCAAAAGCAAAUGGAGACGGUCUUGAGAACUCACAGCACCCCAGUCUCAUACUAGAGUUCACCACUGGGCAUCUUCCUUGCACACACACACACACACACACACACACACACUUUAUUUACUGCAGCAGUUAGCAGUUCUUGCCCCUUUGGGAGAUGAGGGCAGGGUGGAUAGAUUGUGGUUUCUUUCUAGCCUGUACGGACAUGUUGCUAGCUUAGGCAAAACAUAUGACAUCCAUAUGGGGGAGAGGCACAUGGUGUGGGGGUGGGGGAAAGUAUUGGGUGUUUAAAUUGCUAUGCAUGUUUUCUAGCCUUGGCUCUUUAACCAUUUGUAAUCUGUGGUGAGGGGAGUGGCACAGCUGAACCCAGAAAGUUUAUUUUAUUUGCAUAUCCAUUUCAUUAUAUACGAGCUUUUUGCCAAGGCACCCAAGGCAGUUUACAGUUUUAAAGGACUAGAGCAAAUUAUAUUCUAAGUGUUGUAAGUAGCUGGGCCAAAUCUCCUCAGUUUCCUCGAUCAUCCAUUCAUUUCCUCAGAAACUUCAUCCAAGAUUCUUCAGCAGGGUGGGAGAAUCUUGUUGCUUUUUUGAUGAAGUCAUUGAAGAGUUGGAAAAGGCUCAGAAAAGUACCACCACAAUGAUCAAGGGGAGGGAGUGACUUCCCUGUGAAGAAAUGUUGCAGUGUCUUGAACAGGGCCAGAUUUAGGUUUGAUGAGGCCCUAAGCUACUGAAGGUAAUAGAGCCCUUUAUAUGUCAACAACUAAUUGUGGCUGGUUUUUGUGUUGGAUAUAUGCUAUAUGGUAAUUUAUUGACCAUAUAGGUAUCUAAAGCCAUUUGCACAUAACAAAAUAUGUAUUUUAUCAAAGUAAUUGUAUUUUUUUCCCUUUAAUUUUUUUGGGGGGGCCCAAGAGAGUGGGGCCCUAAACUAUAGCUUGUUUAGCUUAUACAUAGAUCCAGCACUGGUCUUGAACUUCUUAGUUUAGAGAAAAAAGCAAGUAAGAAGUGGUAUGAUAGAAGUUUAGAAAAACCAUGCAUGGCAUGGAGAAAGUGGAUAGACAAAAGUUUUUAUUCCUCUCUCAUAACACCGGAACUCAUGGACAUCCAGCAAAGCUGGAUGUUGGAAGAUUUAGGACAGAUAAAAGAAAGUCCCUCUUCACACAGUGCAUAGUUAAACUACGGCACUCGCUCCUCCAGAAGGCAGUGAAGUCCAACAACUGGGAUGGCUUUAAAAGAGGAUUAGACAGAUUCAUGGAGGAAAGGGCUACUAGCCAUGAUGGCUAUGCUCUACCUCCACAGCUGGAUGCUGUAAUGCUUCUGGAUACCAGCUGCUGGAAACUACAGGAGGGGAGAGUUCUCUUGUGCUCAUAUUUCGCUUGCCAGUUUCACACAGGCAUCUGGUUGGCCACUGCGAGAACAGGAUGCUGGACUAGAUGGGUCACUGGUUCACUGAUCCAGUGGGCUGUUCUUAUAGGGGAUUUAAGCAAACAUCGUCCUUAACUAGAAAUAGUGGUCCUAAACAUGAUCAUCAACUUUAUGGUGGGGGUCUUAGGGGUAGCACUUACUCUGCCUCCCAAUUCAGUUUGGGAGGCAGAGGAAACCCCAAUCCCAUGAUCCCCAGCAGGUGAUGAAGCUCAUCAGCAAGCACUAGAGUGAUACUCUCUGCAGCCUCUAUCAAGCACUCUCUGUCACCAGCUACCAAUUCUUCUUCUCAAGGUUGAGGGGUAUGGCUGGCAACAGGUCAGUGUGGACAAGAAGCAGCAGUAAAUACUAGUCCCAAAAGAUAUGGGAGAAAUUGGAGCAGUUUGUGACAGGCCAUCAAAGUCCCCCAAUUCCACACUUACCCUAUUGUUAGUUGUAACAUGUUGCUGAAUUUGGAAGUAAAGCUUUUAUCUCAAACAGCUAUGAACCUUCAUGGUAGAUGAUCAAACCUGGCAGGCAUUGCAGAAUGGGUCUAGAAAGAUAGCCUGCAGAUGAAAUGGUUUGAGAGUAAUCCUGAAGGGGGAGGGGAGGGGAGGGGCUUAGGUUAUUUUGGUUCCAUGCAGCGAAUCAGGUCUAGGGAUGAGGUGUUGUUGACAACCUAUCUAUACAGUGUUUCUUUAUACUCAUACAGGCAACAUCAGGGUGUUACAAUAUUUCUAAUUCCAUCUUCUCAUGUCUUUUCAGGAACUGGAAGUAGAAACCAGAGGCCAUGAACUGGGGGAGCUUUCAAGGGCUCCUGACUGGAGUGAAUAAAUAUUCCACAGCCUUUGGACGUAUUUGGCUCUCAGUGGUCUUCAUCUUCCGGCUUCUAGUCUACAUAGUGGCAGCUGAGAAGGUUUGGGGAGAUGACCAGAAGGAUUUUGACUGCAACACUAAGCAGCCAGGCUGCCCAAAUGUCUGCUACGACCAUUACUUCCCAAUCUCCCACAUCCGCCUCUGGGCCCUACAGCUCAUUCUGGUUACCUGUCCUUCCCUGCUGGUAAUCAUGCAUGUUGCCUACCUGGAAGCCAAACUAGAAAAACAUAAGAAGAAGGUUGGGGCAGACUAUGCACUGCGCUAUCCUCCUGGCAAGAAGCGUGGAGGCUUGUGGUGGACCUAUUUCUUGAGCCUCAUUUUCAAGUCUGCUGUGGACAUUAUAUUCCUCUACAUCUUCUACCAUGUGUUCCCAAACUACACACUCCCCAAUGUGGUGAAAUGCUCCCUUGAUCCUUGUCCCAACAUUGUAGACUGCUACAUAGCUAAGCCCACAGAGAAGAACAUCUUCACCCUUUUCAUGAUCAGCACAGCCUGCGUUUGCAUCCUCCUCAGCCUCCUUGAAGCCUUCUACCUCGUUGGGAAACGAUGUAAGGAGCACCUCCAAGCCAGAAGUGAAAGCCACAGGAGGCAGGACAGUGAAGUAUUCAUUAUGAAGAAAGACCCUUCCUCCCUGCCCCCCGGUAAACAUAACCCAAAUGAAAUAGGUCUGGAGGCAUUCAAUAGUACCGACUAUAAGCCUUCUCCCUUCAACUUCACAUCCUGCCCACCUCAGACAGCUCUGACCUCUAAAACAGCACCAUCAUAAGCAACCCUUAAAUCCUGGGGAACUGGGUAAUGGAAACCUUAUACAGAACUAAUAUUACCUAUUUUGCAUAUCAGCACUUUCUUUUAGGCAGGACAUGGAUGUGGUGUAUGAGAGGGAGAGAGGGAUGGUCUUUGUCCGACACUCACCUAAUUCAGACUGUUCAAUUUUCUGAUAUACGCACUGAUCAAAGAAGUCUAUACUAAAUGGUCAUAUCCAAAUUCCCUGGUUCUUGCAACUAAUUCGAUCUAAGCCACUUACUGUUUGCAUAUUGUGGACGUGUACUACUUACACGUUGCAGAUUGCACUAUUUCUGUCCAGUCCAGUUUUCAAAAAUCUACCCACCACCACAACUGAAGGUGGCUGGCACACUUGGUCUUGACUGCUGAGAUAGAGAGAGAGAGAGAGAGAGAGAGAGAGAGAGAACCAAGUCAGUUCAAAGACAGGGAUGAGUUUCUUCCAGCCAUCAUGCCAAAGUAACAAGAUGUACUGAGUGUAAAGCUGUCAGUCAAAACUAUCCCCAAAUGCCUGACAGAAUAAGUGCAUUUGACCAGUUUCCUGGAAUGACGAAGUUUCAUAGCCUGGUGAACUCCCUGGAAAGUGAAAUCCCUUCUCAGCUAUGAAGUUUACUGUGUAACCUUGAUUCUUCCUGUCACUCUCUCUCAGUCCAAACUACCUUGCUGCAUUGUUGAGGAGAUAAAAUGUGAGACUUGCUUCCCUGAGCACCUUAGAGGAAAGGUGAGAUAAAACUGAACACAAAUCAUGUCCCCCAAAGCAGGGGGAGGGAGAGAGAACGAUAAGGGGAAAGGUGACUACAGGAUGAUUACAGAACUCAAGCCUAUAAAAUGAAAAUGCUGAUAUUUGAAGCACAGGUGCCCAUGUCCAAAGAUUAAUGAGAAUUACCACAACUCAGAAUAAAAUUGGAUUAGGUUGGGGUUUUUUCCUUGUUUCCCUUUGUUUCAUCGAGCAUUGAUUUGAAAUCAAUAGGUGGUAUUCAAGAAAGUGUUAUGCAAAAUAGACCUACUGAAAUUAAUGGACCUAAGGAACGUCAUGUUUAUUAAUUUCAGUGGUCUACUCUGAGAAAGACUGGGUUCAAUGCCACCUGAUUUGAGUCUUGGGAGAUUCUCAUUCAUAUUUGGAUAUGCCCAUCUGUGUCCAGGAAUGGCUAACAUGAUAUGGUGGUGCCCAAGGACCAACCUACCAACAGUGGCAUUGCUGCCACUUACCUGCAAUGGACCAGGGUGGCAGUGAGACUGGGGUUGUGUGAGCAGAAGCGCCAGAUUGGCACCAUCAAUGCACCUGAGCUGUCCCAACCUUGCUGCCACCAUGCCUCAUCCCAGUAAGCAGAGCGACCCUGAUGUUGGAACAGUGGCUCCAUGGCACCACCCCACCAUCUGAGCCAUUCAUGAUUUGCCGUUUUGUUAUUGCACUAUUGUUGUAAAUGCUGGUUGGGGAGGUGAAAGGGGUAAUAGCUUUUUCUUUUCCUGCCUAUCUUCCAUGUCACAUCUUAUUUCCAGAUUCUGUACCGCACAAUACAGCUGUGACUUUUGAAUGUAGACAGACAAGUGCCUUAUCAGUUAAAAUGCAAGCAGAACAAAGAGGUGGGGGAAAAGGUGUAUGUGUUUUAUUGAGAUGUUCAAUAAAAUGUGAAUAAUAAUUUU